AUGUGCUCUCCUGCAGGGCACCAACUGCGAGAGGCGAGGCGCGACUCUGCCUUCAGCAAGCAAACUGCCUGCGUCUCUGACAGCAAGAUGGCAAUGCAGUUAACUUUAAGAAAGAUAAAGCACGUUCUCAUCCUCACACUACUACUAGAAAACCCUGUCAUCGAAGGCCAAGUAACCUUCAGUAGCAAGCAUGACCUCGUGACCCGGCCCGCGCUCUCCCGAAGCCAAGGUCACCCAGAAGACCGAGGGACAGAACUUGUAAGUGAGAUCGUGUCGAGGACGGUGACCGAUUACCUUUCGGCUUGUCAUCUUGUGCUUGUGACUACAAGACGAUCGGAUUUCCCUGCGUCUCUGCUGAGGCGAGGCUUAGGAACAGGCUGGGUGAUGGUGCAGGCCGAGAGUGCCAUGGCAGGGGCGCCCUCCUCGGGAACCGCCCUUCUGCAGGGACUCUGGGGCGCCGCCGAUGCAUCCUGCAGGGCGAUUGUGGUUGACUUGAUGAAUGAUAAUGAUCGUUCUGCGUUCAGAUUCCUCGAAGCGGCCGGCCUCUCCGAACAACCCAAGACCCGAGUCCUCCUUCUAGGACCAGAGACCAGGGCUGCGGGUUCUCUCCUUCACCCUGCUCUUAAGAAUAGUGUCUACGCGGUCUAUUUCUCUAUGGUGGAAAGUAAUGCAAAUUCAUCUUGGAUUGAGGUCUUUCGUCGGUGCCUCUACUGCCGAGGGGGGGAGGCCGGGGUAGUGCCGCUAGGUCCUUGGCACUCUCACGAAGCCACGCCCACUCAAGAAGAAUUAUUCCCAGACGAAUUUCGCAACUUCUACGGCCACAAAUUUCGCGUUGUAACUCUGCGUUAUUUUCCGUUCAUCGAAUACACGAGAGAGAGUGACGCGCCGGGGACCAAGGUAUCUCCGAGGGACUGUCUCGAUCUCCGCAUUCUUUCCACGCUCGCUUCACGCAACAAUUUCACCUUCGAGAUCCGCGAGCCCCUGGACGGCGAGUGGGGGGUCCCGCGCGCCGACACCGGAAACUGGUCGGGAAGUGUCGGGACGUUGCAACACGACCUCGCCGACUUCUCCAUGAACCUGACACCGACACGAGACAGGAUCCGUGUCAUACAGUUCUCUCGCGUCUACGUGUCGGAUCCUUACGUGCUUGUGUCGGCCAAACCGGGGAUCCUGCCGCCCAUCUUCGCCAUUGUGAGGCCGUUCACAGUCGUCGUUGGUAAUAUUAUUGCGAUCAUUAAUAGAGCACAAAAAACAUAA